GCACACUUUUUGCGGCGCUUGCAUAUAUAGCCUACUGUACAUUUGAUGACCAUAUCCUGCAUGCAGUUGAUGAUCGUGUCUAUGCAUUGAAUUGCUUCCCAACGCAUGCAUUAAAACAGAUCUGCACCAGGCACCACUGGACAUUACAGCCUAUACCUACAAUUAAAACAAAACGUUUUUACGCUGGAAUAGCGAUGAUGGACGACGGGCUGUGCGCGCGCGCGCUCUCGCGCGUCAGCAUGGCGUUUAGAUGAAACGAAAGGCUCUCCGUUGUAAUGCACGAGUGUGUGCGUGCGUGUGUUUGUAAUGCGCGAGCGCGUGUUUGAGGUGGCGAGGUGGGGGUGAGAGACCCCGUCGUGUUUUGACCCCCUAAACAACUCCCAGUCUCCAUCUCCCUCUCCGGUUUAAAGCUCCAGCGCUCAUUGUGGAGAGACGCAUUUGAGCGCGACGCCCGCUUCAUGGACAUCGACGGAGCGCAAAGGACACGGACGCGCCGUUAAUACCGGAUACUCGGGCCGCCCCGCGUCGCUACUGCUUUCCUGUUAAGUGUGUCUAAUCUGCCGGUCUGGUGUGUGUUGUCUUCAGUCAGUGAGUGUGUGAGCUCAGCUUCAGUAUCGCAUGGAUAAGAGGUAUGAGGACUUGGUGCAGUACCCAGGCUCUGAUGCCAUGGCUGUGGGAGGCUAUGGCGAUGCGAUGAGGUCACUUCCUCCACCACAUUAUGCCCACGCUGUGCCUGACUCCCUCAAACACUACCGGGAUCAAAUCUAUGGUCAUCCUCUGUUUCCACUCCUGGCGCUGGUCUUUGAAAAGUGUGAACUCGCCACCUGCUCGCCACGAGACUCUGUGUCAAACCCCGCCCACCUCCCUGGCAUGACCAAUCACAGUGAUGUCUGUUCCUCUGAAUCCUUCAACGAUGACAUCGCAGCCUUUGCCAAACAAAUUCGCUCUGAAAAACCCAUCUUCUCAUCUAAUCCAGAAUUGGAUAAUCUGAUGAUCCAGGCCAUUCAAGUACUGCGGUUUCAUCUGUUAGAGCUAGAAAAGGUCCAUGACCUCUGCGAUAAUUUCUGUCAUCGCUACAUCACCUGUCUGAAGGGCAAGAUGCCCACUGAUUUGGUACUGGAGGACCGGGAUGGUGGAUCCAAAUCUGACAUGGAGGAUUUUACUGGUUCUUGCACCAAUCUGUCAGACCAAAAUCAGUCCUGGUUACGAGAUCCAGAUGACUGCAUGUCGACUCCUUCUGGUACCCCAAGUGUUUCCUGUGGCCUCAACUCACACAGUUUAGAGAACUGCAGCGAUGCAGGUGAUGGGCUGGACGGAAGCAUUGCCUCUCCCAGCACAGGAGAAGAAGAUGAAACGGACAGAGACAGACGAAACAACAAAAAAAGAGGGAUUUUUCCCAAAGUCGCAACUAACAUUAUGAGAGCUUGGCUCUUCCAGCACCUAUCGCAUCCGUAUCCAUCUGAAGAGCAGAAAAAGCAACUCGCCCAGGACACGGGUCUCACUAUACUGCAGGUCAACAACUGGUUUAUAAACGCCAGACGCAGAAUAGUCCAGCCAAUGAUCGACCAAUCGAAUCGCUCAGGCCAAGGUGCCCCGUACAGUCCAGAAGGGGCGGCUUUAGGAGGAUAUGGGUUAGAUGGGUCUCAUUUAGGCCUUAGGACUGCAGGUCUUCAGGGAAUGCCAUCCCUGCCCACCGAUUACCCCGGCGCUCUCCUGCCCCAGCCGGGAUACUCGCACGCGGGCCCGUCCCUGCACCCUUACCCCGGUCCCCACGCUGCCAUGCUGCUCCACCCGCCACCCCAUGCCCACCCUGCCGAACCCCUCAUAGGACAAGGUCUCGACAUACAUGCCCACUAACCCAAACCGGAGCAGGGAACGGGCAAUGAAAGUGGGCUGCGUAUUGAAUUGACUUGGCCCUACAGGACGCCAACGCAGUCGAUUUACAGCCACUCUGAGAAUGUAUUAAAUGCUGGCAACCAUCUGGCACCCUAAACCAUCCAAAAAACAUCCAUCAUAUGCACUCAACUCUGAUGCAAUGGCCAUCUUAAAUGCUUGAAAGACUUGUUACAUUCCUUAGCCAUUUAUUGAAAUGUAUUACUCUCUUUUCUCCUCUCGGCAAUGCACUCGAAUGAUUACAUUCAUCUUCUGUUCCGAAUUAAAAACCCACGUCUUCCUAUGGCCUUAGGGGCGAGCUGCGAUCCCCCUGAAUUUAACGUUAAGGCCUUCACAGCCUUUCUUGCCUUGCCUCCGAAGAUCCUCUUGAGGAGCACAAAAAGAGAAAAACAGAGUAUACCUCCUCGGACGGGAACCAAGAUAACCAUAUCAAGACGUCCUGAAAUAGUCUCCUGUGAUGAAUGACCUCACCAAAUCUUAUCUCAUGAAUCCUGUUAAGAACAUCGCUCGCACUUUCCCCAGAAUGACAACAAUGCGAAAAAUGAAAAACAGAAAUCAAGCCUGCUUCGUCUUAUUUCAGUUUAUUACGCAGAGAUCAUUUGAUAUAAGCCAAUUAUAAAAGUCAAG